GCAGAGCUUGCCGUUCGGUAGCUCGACGAUGCUCGAACCAUAUUCAACGCCAAUCUGCAGCUUCAAUCAGGGACCGGCCCUGCGUCGACACCGGCAUACACGACGUACAGUAGGAUCGGCCCCUGCGCCCAAGAAUCUCUUGUCGGUGAGUUGGACGAGGAUGGAUGACUUGCCGCAGCCAGAGUUGCCGACGAUGAUGUAUUUCAAUCUGUGGCUCGACGAGGCGUGAGUGUGCGGACAGAAGCCGCGAGCUUGACGACUUGCAUGUGAUGCCAUGCUAUGGGUGCGGACAUGGAUGCGUUGGAGGCUGAUGGAGGCUGCGCUUGGAUCUGCAGCUGGCCGCUGAUGACCUCAGCGUCGCGUUGCCGCCGAAAGGAAAGCCGAGAAAGCGAGAGCCACAAAAGCUCGAACCAAUGGCCGAGCUCAGUCAUCCGGGCAUCGUUGAUGGCUGGUUCCACGAGAGAUCGUCGCAAUGGCCAGGACAAGCAAUGAGCUUGCAAGUCGAAAAAGUGCUACAUGUCGAGAAGAGCAAGUUCCAAGACGUGCUCGUCUUCAAGAGCACAGACUAUGGCAACGUUCUCGUUCUCGAUGGAGCCAUUCAGGCCACAGAGAGAGAUGAGUUUUCUUACCAAGAGAUGAUCGCCUUCUUGCCACUCGCUUCUCAUCCUGAUCCCCAAGAUGUGCUCGUCGUAGGCGGCGGUGACGGCGGCGUCUUGCGCGAAGUGCUCAAGCAUCCCAGCGUCAAGCGGGCCAUCCUCGUCGACAUUGACGAAGCCGUCCCUCGCGUGUCGAAGCUCUACCUGCCAGGCAUGGCUGCAGGAUUCAAUGAUCCCCGUGUGGAAGUCAUCAUUGGCGAUGGAUUCGAGUAUCUCAAGAACAACAAGGCCAAGUUCGACGUCAUCACCACUGAUUCCUCAGACCCUGUCGGUCCCGCCAACUCGCUCUUCCAGAAGCCCUACUUCGAGCUUCUACGCGACUCACUCAAGCCUGGCGGCGCAAUCUCCACUCAGGCAGAAUGCAUCUGGCUCCAUCUGCCUCUCAUCUCUCAACUCGUGCAGGACACCAAGACGCUCUUUCCUGUUGUUGAGUACGCUUAUACCUCCAUCCCGACCUAUCCCUCUGGCACUAUUGGCUUCAUCGUUUGCUCUCUCGACCCCAAGCGUGACUUGCGAUCGCCCCUCGUCACCAUUCGCGACACGCGCUACUGGAAUCCAACCGUCCACCGUGCUUCCUUCGUCCUGCCAGAGUUUGUGCGCAAGCCUGUAGAAGCAGCCAAGGUGGCCAAGAAGACAGCCAGCUCGUCCAGUGGCUCGAAGAAGAUUCUCUUGCUCGGUUCGGGCUUCGUUGCCCAGCCUGCUGCCGAUUAUGUCCUCCGCCGACCGGAGAACUCGCUCACGAUAGCAUGCCGUAACGUGAAGACAGCACAAGCUCUUGCUGCUCAGCUGUCCCGUGAAGCAAAGGCAAUCUCGCUCGAUGUAUCGGAUGCGGCCGCGCUGGAAGCCGCCGUUGCCGAACACGAUCUCGUCAUCUCGCUCAUCCCUUAUACAUUCCAUGCCGCUGUCAUCAAGGCAGCCAUCAAAGCAAAGAAAAAUGUCGUCACCACCAGCUAUGUCUCUGACGCCAUGAAAGAGCUCGAAGCAGAUGCUAAAAAGGCUGGCAUCGUCGUCAUGAACGAGAUCGGCCUCGAUCCCGGAAUCGAUCAUCUCUACGCCGUCAAGACGAUCGACGAAGUACACCGAGCCGGCGGCAAGAUCACCGGUUUCUUGUCUUACUGCGGUGGUUUGCCUGCACCCGAGGCUGCCGACAACCCUCUGGGCUACAAAUUCUCUUGGUCGUCCCGGGGUGUCUUGCUCGCGUUGCUCAACAGCGCUAAGCUGUACUCAGAGGGCAAGCUAGUAGAGAUUGAUGGUCAAGAACUCAUGCAGCAUGCUGCGCCCUACUUCAUCUCGCCCGCCUUCGCGUUCGUCUGCUACCCGAACAGAGACUCGACUGGCUUCAGAGAGAAGUACAACAUUCCCGAAGCAGGUACAGUCAUCAGAGGCACGCUUCGCUACCAAGGUUUCCCUCAAUUCAUCAAGACGCUCGUCAACAUCGGUUUCUUGAGCUCAGAUAGCAAGGACUACCUCCAAAAGGGCGCAUCCAUCAGCUGGAAUGAGGUCACUGCCAAGACGAUUGGUGCAUCUGGCUCGACCGACGCUGCACUAGCAGAGAAGAUUGUCCAGCUCGCCCAAUUCCCCAACAAGGCAGAAGAGGAGCGAAUUCUUGGCGGUCUGAGGUGGCUCGGCCUCCUCUCAUCCGACACGGUCAUCCCACGGGAGAACCUGCUUGACACGCUGUGCGCCACGCUCGAGCAGAAGAUGCAGUACGAGCAAGGCGAGCGAGACAUGGUCUGCCUGCAACAUAAGUUCUAUGUCGAGAACAAGGACGGUUCAAAGGAAACUCGCACGUCGACUUUGCUCGACUUUGGCGUGCCCUACGGCACCUCUUCGAUGGCUAAGCUCGUCGGUGUGCCUUGCGGUAUCGCUGUUCAGCAAGUACUGGACGGAGUCAUCAAGACGCCAGGUAUCCUGGCGCCAUACUCUAUGGACAUCGUCACGCCUUUGCUAGAGGCAGUCGAGGCAGAGGGCAUCACCAUGAUCGAGAAGGUCAUCUAG